AUGGUCAGUCCACAGUCCUGUCUAGUGGACGGAAUACUCCACCAUGUGAAGGAUCUGUGCUCACACUGCAGUGUCACUACAUUGGAGGAAGACUCCAACAGUACCACAACGUCUUCAGAGAUCCUGUUACAUGACAGCAGAGAUAUGGAGUUGGACGUGAGGAAGCGUUUUCACUCAGCGCAGUUGAGUACAUUCUUGUUUUGUAAAAUCACCGGUGCAUAUGGUCUAUCAGUAUUUUCUUUAACCGAUGAAAUAAAUAAACGAUACAAAUCUUUUUGUCAUGGAGAAUAUAUGAAAGAUAAUGGAGAGGAUGGUUUUCAUUUAAUUCUUUGUGAUGGAAAUGACUCAUGGGAAGGUGACAUUUCAGGUAAUGAUAUUCAUGAUAUGUGUUCAUUGAGCAGCAUAGAUUACAAGGAUUAUGUGGAAAUGACUGUUCAAGCCCUUACAGGAAAGUCUGGACCAAAUAUUAGCUUUCAGUAUCAAAUUGAUCAUUCCUCACAAGAAUAUGUUCAGUUCCAUUGGAAAAAACACAUUGUCAGUGAUGAUGUCAAGUUUCGUUUGGGAAGUACAAAACUCAGUCAAAGUGAUGAUAGCAACAAAACAAUACAGAAAAUAUUUGACCACUGCAUUGAAAAAAUCUCCAACCUGAAUCAUAAGAUAACUACCACACAAAUGGACAAUGAGAGACUCUCACAAGAACGGGCUAAUGCUCUUAAGACAUUAAACAAUUGUGUAUCAGCAAAAGAAAAACUUGAAGAAGAUCUGUACUCCAAGUUUCUGAUGGUCUUAAAUAGCAAAAAGAAAGAAAUUGAAAAUCUAAGACAAAAAGUUGAGGAACAAAAACAAGACCAUACGGAAGCUGACAAUUCAAAUGAGGAAUUAACAGAUGAUGAAAAUUCAAGUUCUUACAGUGCUGAAACUGAAAAAGAUGGAUCUGAUACCCCAAACACUGUUGGUGGAAAGAAAGCCAAAUGGAAUGACUCCUUGGUGUUCACUGAUGACUCGCCUGAUGAAGAUAUGGACAACCUAUCAAGGAUUCAGAAACCCGAGAUAAAACAAGAUAAAAAGUCCAAUGCAAGUACAUCGAAAGUUUCUUCUGAAUAUGACAAAUCAAAAAAAAUAGUUAAAAUGAAAGAAGAAAAACACAAAAGAAGCUUUGGAAAGAAGUCUGCAUCUGACUUGACUGACACUAAUGACCUUUUAGAUGAUUUUUGA